GCCAGCCGACAGGGAGCUCAUCGCCCAGUCAAUCGUCAGCGACCCUGACUGCAUGUACGACCACUUCUCAGCGUCGCACAUCCGUGCUUACCCCGAUUUGCUGUCGAAGGACUCCAUGGCCAUCUUGCGGGCGGCUGCCAAGCUUCUAGACGUUGGCAUCCCCAACAUAGAG